CGCAAAGGCUUCGUUAUAAGUAUGAAAGGAACUGAGCGCAUGUUUUUUUCAUAAUAACACCACCAACAUGGGUGAGGUGCGAUCGUGUCUAUAUUUUUUGGUAUACUGCCUGUGUGUACAAAUAUCUAUCGCGAAGCCCUUCUUCGGUCCUCGAUUCUGGUGCGAUUUAUUAUGCGAAGAAGAUGAUGGUUUCACAACAACUGCAAGCUAUGAGGAUUAUUACGAUGCACUAUGUAAUGACUGCCCUACAAGACGACCCAGUACUCCGACAACCAUGAUGCCACCAGCCAAUCAGCCACAAGGUGCUCCCAACCCUGGAACACCUGGAAUGCCACCUAUGGGAGCACCAGGACAGCCUCCAGUAAUAAUGAUGUCACCCAACCAAGGCGGGAUGAGCUUCAAUAUGAUGCCGGAUCCGAAUCGACCGAACGGAUGGACCUUCAGUUUUGCCCCAUGGAACCCAUCUGGUGGACAGUCGGGAGCAAAUGGACCACCUCCUAUGGCUACUCCUGCUCCAGCACCCAUGACACCGGCAGGGCCUGCUUCUGCUGCUGCAAAUCCAGUGCCGGUGGCAGUACCUGCUCCACCUGCAGUCGCUGCUACUACUACAGCUCCUGAUACAACUGCAGCUCCGGCAACCACCGCAGCCCCCGCAGCCCCCGCAGCCCCCGCAGCUCCAGCUCCAGCCCCAGCUGCUCCUGCGCCAGCAGCUGAUGCCCCACCAGCAGCCCCCGCCGCACCGCCAGCCAGGAAAUAAUUAAUCUAAUAAGUCAAGAUUGUGCCUUUCUUAGCUCAUAAGAUUUGCUUCAGUCAUCACAAUGAUUGAAGGUUUCGUUGUAGUAUUAUUGUAAGUCAUUUAGGUUCAUCUGUGUUGUGAUGGAGAUGUGGAAUUGUUGAGAUACGUUAUCAAAUCAAAAGAAAAUUGGCAGUCGCC